GGCCUUCUUGGUUCUCAGUCCUUCGGUCUUCUUCAGCCAACUCUCAAGGAUUCCAAGAACAAGGGCAAACUCAAAGGCAACUAAUCUCUGCAUGUUACUUAAAAUGAAGAGAGAUCAUGGGGUUUUGCGUGCUGUAUCUAAGAGUUGCGUGUAACAGAAGUAUCUUACUUAUUCGGACGCUAAGAAAGACAGUGAUUCAAGAAGGCAAUAUGAAAGAGUUGAAUCAGAACCUUGAUUGCGUGUGGUAAAGGCUAAACUUUCUGUUAGAUUCACCGAGAGAGAAGAAUGUCCGCAAUAUGAAUGGGGUGGCUGUGGAGAGAGUGAUGGUUGAAGCGCUAAGCCUUCCAAAAGAAAACACUGGAGGAGCAUUAUCUUACAUAUAAAGGAGUAGGUUUUUGCGACCAUUCAGUUACAUUUCGACGUGGAGAAUGAACUCUGAUUUAGACACUGAUAGAUUAAGUAGUCUACCUAAGAAUGUCAUUGAGACUAUUUUAAUGCGUAUGCCAAUACGGGAUGCCGUUCGUACGAGCAUAUUAUCCAGAGGUUGGCGAUUUGAGUGGAGUACCCUUCCACAAAUUGUGAUAGAUACGCAACCUCUCCUGAGUUCGCUGGGUGGAAUGCAAAUGGAGUUGGAUAAGAAAAUUGUGAAAACUGUGGAUCACAUUCUCUUACUUCAUCAUGGACCAAUUCACAAGUUUACACUUUCCAUUGAUUUGGAGAGUUCUUCUGAUAUUGACCGAUGGAUUCUUUUUUUAUCAAGAAAUGGCAUCAAAGAAUUCUCUCUGUUGAAAUGGAGAGGACAGCUCUAUAAACUGCCUUCAUAUUUUUUUUCAUGGGACAUAACUUAUUUGGAGUUGUAUAGAUGUGCAUUCAUUCCUCCAACGUCAUUCAAGGGAUUUAGCAGGCUUACAGUAAUGACACUUGACCGUGUUUCCUUUACUGACAAUGGGCUUGCUACUUUAAUGUCUCUCUGCCCGCUACUGAAAGAGUUAGUAUUAAGACAAGUUACUGGUUGUACACAUCUCAACAUUAGUGCGCAGAAGAUUGUGAAGGUUGUAAUUCAAGGUUCAUUUCAUGAUAUUCGGUUCGAAAGCACUCCACUUCUAGCUACUGCAUCUAUCAAGAUGUUGGAGGUGGCUGGUGAUUCACUUGUUAGUAAAGAAGACUGCAGAAUAGUUAGAGUUCUUGGUGAUACACCAAGUAUUUAUCAGCUGGAAUUACUUGGCCCUACUUUAAAGAAUUUAGCUGUUGGUGAUGUACCUGUCCAUCUUGCUGCAAUUUGUCCAGUGAAAUAUCUGAUCAUUGAUAUAAAUUUUGAAGCAACGCAAGAAAUGCUAGCUGCCUUUUGCAUGUUUAGAAGUUCCCCUGCUGUGCAAAAGCUCGGUAUAACGGCUAUCUCAGACAAGAAAAUUGCCACAAUAUCAUCUGAUGGCUUUUGGGAAGGAGAAGAAAGCUUCAACUGCACAUUUAGUCAACUCAAAGUUGUGGAGGUGACUGACUUCAGCGGCAUCACAUCUGAACUUAAGCUUAUCGAGUUUGUGCUUGCUAAUUCACCUGUUCUUGAAAGGCUGCAUAUAAAGUUCAAAGAAAAUGUGGCUCACUUGGUAAAGAUCCUCAAGGAGUUGAACCAGUAUCGAAGAGUCUCACCGAAAGCUAAACUUUUUUUUCCAGGCUAAUAUCAUUCUGGUUUGGAAACUUAUGUGUUGCCUUCCCUGUUUCUGUAUUUUGUCAUUAAUGUGAUAUCAGAAUUUAGAACAGAUGAAACUACGUUAAACUGCUGUUUUCAACUGUUGUUGGACUCUUUAGGAGAUGAUUUGGAAAAAAAUAAAUAAAAACAGGUGGAACCUGUGAAGUGUGAAAUGUAUUA